AUGUCGGCAACGAGCAUCCCCAAGCGCGUUUCUCUUCCUGCCAAGCAGGAUCCCAACAAAUCCUCAUCCGCUAAGAGUAGUGGUCUCCCCAUUCGUCCUCACGCCCGCGUAUCUUCCAUCUCAAUGUCAACCCACAGCAACGCGCCGGUCGCAGCUGCAGCUUCAGUCUCAGGCAUGCGGCGCGCAACGACGUCGGGUUCUGUCAACCCGCAUGUGGGUAAAACGUCUGCAUCUGUAUCUGCUGUGCGGUCGAUAUCGUUUCCUUCACGUACCCCGUCCAAACCGCUGCCAUUGUCCUCGAUACAGAAAGGUUCAUCUGGCGGCGACGAAGUGAAGAAUGGAGCGCCAAUCACGUCGGGAAUGAUGGUGAAAAGCGUGUCAAAUGGCAAUGUCGGUGCGGCUGUGGUGACGCCUCCUCGUGUUCGCGCCUCCUCGUCUCUGAACCCCACGCUUUCCGCGCCCACACUCGAACCAUCCGUGUUCAACUCGAAAGGCGCGACGGGCACACCCCCAUCAAGUAUGAGAAAGAAACCUCUUAACCAUCAACCGAUCGCUUUCCUCGCCACCCCAAGUCCAGGCUCCAAAGACGCUUCUCACCGUUCACCUGGAUCCACCCUAUCCCGCGCGCGGACAACUAGCGUGCCAUUCUCAUUGCAGUCAUUUGUUGCAAAUCAAGGAAAUACGGCAGAAGGCGGGGAUAUCAGCGGGCACGCGUCGAACCAAGCAAUGUCACUAUCUCCCGCAUUCUCCAUCGCUGGCUCGACGCGGCGAAAAGCCAAGGCAAUCAACGGGUUGGAGUCGAGAUUGAAGCCUUCCUUGGAAGACGCGUUCGGUACUGAUGAGUGGGAUCAGGGUACGUUAGCUCAUACGGUAUUUGGCGAGGGCGAGGAAAUGGAUCUAGACAUGGACAUGGAGAUGAUUACGGAAGGCGGAGAGGGUGCGGUGGACGAGGAGUUCAUGUCCCAUCUCCAAUCCUUAGCCGCUCUCCAUUCCGCUCGUAUCACAACGCUGAAGCGCCUCCUCGAGCGAGCACAGGCUAGCGCGGCCGCUCAACUGCAUGCCCUGCAGGCCGAAGUACAGAUCCUCAAGGGGAGGAACGGUCAGACGCAGAACGUCGCAGGUUCGGACUACUUCUCAAUAGAUAUGGUUGAUGGCAAGGACGGGCGCUGUGUAUGUGGACGCCGUCGUCAAAACGGAUAUUGGUCAGGGUACCGUGAUGCCUCGAAGGCUGACUUGCAGCAAGACGAGGAGGAAGAAGCGUUCUUCUCGUCACUGGGCACGCAUGGCAGCAGUGAUCCAGAGUGUGCCGCACUCCUAGAUGCCGUUUCCCCCGCCGUCAACCGCAUGAAGGCAAAGAAAGCCAGAGGAGACAUAGACGAAACCGCAGUCAGACAAGCCGUCCGUGCAUUGGGGCGCAAGGGUCGGAAUAAUCUUGCACAUGUUGUUCUUGACUCCCUACACCCAGGCGACAUUCCGUUGCAGAUUCUCCUGCUAGAGCGGUACGCGAAGUCGACAUUUGAUGUCCUAGGCAGCCUCGGGGAUGAGUUAGCGUUGAGGAUCCUUGUUUUUGUUGUUGAAGGGGAUGCGUUUGCUUUUUCCGCGAAGACGCCUUCCGUCCCUUCGAGCGGAGCUGGACCGAAGGGCGAGGAGUCGGCUAAGGGGGAUAGUCAGGCGAAUGAAAAAGAGUACUCUGGAACAGACUGGGUAGGCGCCGGGGAAGAGGGUAUCUGGGGUGGCGGGAGGAGACGUGCGAGGGUGGACUUGGGGAGAUUGAGAGCUGGGGUGAGGCGGUUGUUGGGCUUGGAAUCCGUAUCGCGCAAGUGGCAAUCUCUUAUUCACCAUCCCGCUAUCUGGCGCUAUCUCUGUUUCAGAAUCUCGGCGGACGAUCCUGUCCCCCUUUCUCUCACUCUCAGCGAGCGCGGCCGAGGGGACGGAAAGGGCGGCCCUAAGGAAGGAUGGGAAGCGCUCUAUAGAGCUCUGCAUCACCGGGAGUCCAACUUCCUCUUUGGCAUCCCGCAGCGUGUGCGUUUCCUUGUCGGGCACACGGGAUUCUGCACAACUUUGCUGCUAAGGGGGAAGAGGCUGAUAAGCGGAUCAUACGACGAGACAAUCAGGUUCUGGGAUGUGGAGACCGGGGAGAUGAAGAAGUGUCUGCAGGUGAAGAAGCCCGUGAGUUGUAUCGAUUGGCUGCUUGAGGAAGAGGUUUUCGUUGUAGGGUUCCACGACGUCGGGCGCGUGCAUCUAUACUCUUCGCUGACAUAUACGCCCCUUCAACAACUGUCUGGACACUUGAACGGUAUCCGUGCGGUCGCGCUAUCCUCCAGAACUCUGGUAUCCGCGGGGGCCGACAAGGCGUUAGUUUGCUGGGACUGGCGGGCAGGAACGAAGAUUGUACGAUUCGGCCAGCAGACAACGGUCAACGUCGGCGUGCAGCUAGUCGGAGGCAAUGGGAAGGGCGACGGAGAAAGGGUGGUGAGCGUUACUAUCGAUGGGAUAGUCAGGGUCUUCGCGAUCGAUCGGAGGGAGAUGAUCUCCCAGUUCAAGCUGAGCGAGUUGGGCGGAGGCGACCCUGUCUUAAGUUCGAAGCUGUGGAAUGUGGGAAGAGCUCCGGACAACAUGCUGCAGUGGUUUGCAGCGAAGGGCUCGCAAAUUACGUGCGCGACAAAGGCAGUCAUUAUGCACCUUCAAUGGCAAGAGACGGCGGACACCGCUUCGUCCGCUUCUAAAGGAACCGCCGCUACGCCAGGCAGCGAAUCGUUGCUCUCGCCCGCCAGUCUAACACCAACCACGCCGGCGACGUCAGCGAAGCCCGGGCAACUUCAACGCACGCCAUCGGCCCUUUCGACGUCUACGUCCAAAUCGCGGUUUAAGCCGAGGUCUUCCGUGCCCAUGCCAGCAGAUAAUUCAUUCAUAGACCCGAAUGACAUCGAGAAUAUGAGUGUGACUACAUCGACGAGGCAAGCGCGCUCGAAAACGGUCCCUUCACUGGCCCGAUCGACAUCGUCUAUCUCGACGCCACCCCGUCGCAUUUCGCUGAAUACGUCUGCGCUAGGCGCCAACGGCAACAUGCCCAAUAUCUCCAAAGGGAGGCUCAGCCUCAACGUCCCCCCGCGGACCCCUACGACACCUCAUCUAAGUCCGACUGCGCUUCGGUCGGCAACGCCGCUUUCGGCUUCGAUGGCAAAGCCACAAACUAUGUUAUUCGGGCGAGCGGCGGUGUUGACUGCGCCUCCAAAAAUUGUUGGAAUUGUGGAGACGCCUGACAUCGCUGUGGGCGCAGUGGACCCGAGGAAACGGAGAGUGGUCACAGCAACGCGAUUUAGUUCCAGGUCGGGUGCUGAUCGCAGGAUUUUUAUAACAACUCACCAAGAUCGAGAUGAGAACCAUGUGGCCGAUGAUGGUGAUGAUUCCGACAAUGGGAGCAGUGACGAGGAGCCCACGGCAUCACAGAAGCGGGGUAUUCCCCAACGGUCGGACAGUCAUGCCUCGUCCCCAUCAGUUGAUAUCGAUACAGACGUCACUCCUUUGACUGGUGCGUGGGCUGCCCUUGCUGGUGAGGUCGGUGCCUCCGGCGGAAUACAGGGAUUGUUGGGUCCGCUACCCAAUAAAUUCUCUGGCCUGGCUACUCCAGAGAAGAACCCCAUGUCCAUGCAACUAAGCCACGAAGAAGUGGUUGUGGGAUGCGCGGACGGAACUAUUUAUGUGAUGAAUUUCAUGGGAUAUGAAUACAAGAAAGAGAGGACGGAAACAGUACGGGACGACGCUUCAUCUGACAGUGCCGAAUAUUCAGAUGAAGGCGACGAAGGCGCGGCGAGCGACGGCCUCUCCAGCGGUUAG